AUGGCAGCUCAAAUUGCCCAGUGCACCAUCGACAAGAUCAAGGACUCGAGUGCCAAUAAUGGUCCUGAUAUAUUUAAGUUCACAUCACAACCUGUAUCAAAAACUGUUAAUCCUGGUGGAACUGUUACUCUGUCCUGUGUAGCUACUGGAAGAACUGGUAUUAUAGCAUACUCCUGGUACCAGCUAAAAUCAGACUUCAAUGCUCCUCCUCAGAACACAGACCUGAUUAGUGGAGCUACAGGAGCAGAGUAUUUAGUGGACGCAGUUGAUGUUGAUGAAAGUGGAGAGGGUAAUUUGUUCCAGUGUAAAGCUACUUAUGGAGACGAUAUUAUUCUCAGUAAAGUUGCAAUGGUAAAGUACACAUUGGACGACAAGUUAAGUUUCACUGGGGACAGCUAUGAAAAUAUAAAAUCGGAAACCGGAGAUGAUGAAGCUGACCCUAGUGCCUUUCUUUGGAGGUUAAAGUGCAAUGGUCAUGCUGAUUGGAGUACAGCAAUCAAAAAUGGAGAACCCUACGAUGUUUACUGGUACAAAGGAACUGAGACUGACAGGGUUGAAGUUAAAUAUACGAAUAUGUGGACAUAUUACACAAGUGGGUCUACUGGUUCUAAUUCUAUAACACUUGAUAUUGGAGGCAGUAAAUAUGCAGAAUAUACAGACUUAGGUCAAUACGACCUGGUAAUAUUUAACCCUCAGACGUCUGAUGGUGGAACUUAUUAUUGUAAAGCAGUGUCAAGGGGUAACGGAAACAGUGUCACAUUAGGUUCAACAAUCCUAGAUGUUAAAGAACAGAAUAAUGAUUAUGAUAUUCAAUCUGGAGUCAUAGCAGCGGGGUAUGUUGUGCUGGCUGUUGAUGAAACCGGAGAUCGCAAAGUCACCCCAAAUGUUGGUGAUAAAGUUCUUCUGAUGUGUGGAGGUGUUUGUAGAGCUAGUGAUAAAUGGGAUAUUCAGUACAAAUGGAGGAAAGGUAGCAACUCUAAUAGUCCUGAAGUAUCUACUUCGAGAGAGCAUAUUGUGCAGACUGACAGUGCUGGGUCUGUAGAAUACAGAUGUGAGAUAGUGAAUGGUGCUUCCUGUGGUAAUCCUGACGCAGAGAAAGUGUUGUUUGUUGUUCAAGCUGCUGAGAUUGAUCCCCUUCUCCAGUUCACAUUCUCCAAGUCUCCACCUGAGUACAUGUGGUAUGACACCUCUGAUAACUCUAAGUCUGACAACCCCUUUGAGAUAAACUGUGAUGGCUCUGUCUCUUCUGGGAGUGCCACAUUUAUAAAACAUAUUUUCAAGAAAGGAACUCGUGUAUCCCUUACAUUUCCUUACACUUUUGAGUCUGAUAUCAAGUCAGCAAGAAGUGGAGUGUAUCAAUGUGGGCUGUACAAUGACCCGGUCAAAAUGACUUGGUAUCAAAAAACGACGAACGUUAUUAUCGCUAGUGAUCCGACUAGUAGCAUCACUCCUACAAGUAAAAGUGUGGAAGAUGGCACUUCAGCUACAUUUACAUGUACUGUGGGUGGGUACCCUAUAGAAUCAGUUACUAUCAGUGAUCCAAAAUCUGUGAGGACAGAUUGUCCACAAACUAGUGGAGACAUAACUUGUAGUUCUAUUGCCAAUACUUCAAAAUAUGAGAUCACUGUGUCCGGAUUUAGUUCUGCAAAGAACGGAGAUUACACGUGCACAGUGCAAACAAGAUGGUAUAAAACUGACAGUACUGACAUGGGGAAAGUUAGCUCUGAUAAGAUAACACUACAAUACGUGAAAGCAAGUACUACUGAGCUGACUGCCAGUAAAACGUCAGUCAACAAAGGUGAUAGUAUCACUUUAACCUGUGUUGUUGAGGGUUACCCGGAACCUAACAUACCAACUCUCAAAAAGAAAGGUUCUUCAUCCCCAAUAGCCUGGACAUCAACAUGCACAGGAACUAAUGUAAAGAAAUGCUUAAAAACUUUCUCUUCUCCAACGUAUUCAGAUUCAGGAGAAUAUUUGUGUGAAGGCAGCAAUACCAUUGAUGGUGUUUCAAAAACAUCUGAUGAUGAUGUCAGCUUAACGAUAGUGGGAGAUGUGGAGGCAAGUUUAGCCCAAUCCCCUUCAGGAACCGAACUGGACAAGGACUCUCCUGUAACUUAUACUUGCAAAGUCGAGGGAAAUGCUCUACCAACUAAACUGACUUUUAAGAAAGGCAAUGUAGCCUUAAAAUCGUAUGAUUCAUCAGACAGUAGUAGUAGUCAUGCUGAUGUUGUGAAAGAAACUUACUCCCUUUCAUACACGCACACGAUCAGUUCGUUAACAUUAGAAGACUCGGCAGUGUAUAUGUGUGAAGGUGAAAAUGACAACAGUGGCAUAAAAACGGAUGGUGACACCAAAACUCUAACCGUAGUGUCUGAUGUAAUUGUUACCCUCUCAGCAAGCACUGAUACUCCUUCUUUUGGGGAUACCUUUACUAUCACCUGUUUAACAACUGGAGGAAGAAAACCUGAAAGUGUUGAACUGAAACACGACUCUAUAUCCAUCAAAUCCUACCCAACUAAUAGUGGUUUCUGCUCAAGCACUGAUUCAUUCUCGUUGAAGUGCACAUACACAACUACUGCUGACUAUACAAGUGGAGGAAAAUAUGAAUGUAUCGGAAAAAACAUUGUGGCAAACAACAAGGAGGUAACAACUACCGAGCUUAUAGAUGUUUAUGUGUCUCAAACUGUGGAAGUAUCUAUGACUCCAUCCAGUGAAUCUGAAGUUCCUACCGGUAUUGGCUUUACUAUAACUUGUCACGUUGAAGGAGGAGGUCAACCCCACAAAGUAACUCUGACUACACCAGACAGUACAGUGUUAACUUGGCUGGGAGAUUCUAGCUCCGGAGGUACAUUAACUUGUAUUGGAACCUUUGAAUUGACAUGUAAACAUACAAUAUCGAGUCCCACAUACACUGAUGAGGGAGAUUAUAGAUGUGACGGUUACAAUAGACUUCCUGGUCAGACCACCGACAAAACCAAAUCUGCGACUGUGUCAUUAGUUCCUAUUAAUAAUGUCGAUGUUACCUUGACAAAAAGCACAACAGAGGUUGCCUUCGGAGCCUCUUUUCUUAUAACGUGUGUGGCUGAUGGUGGACGAAUUCCAUUCUAUCUGAAAUUGGAUCUUAGACGCCCUGACAGUUCAGUCGUUAACGAUAUCGUCCUUUAUAACAAGUCAUCACAAUCACCAGCCUCAGUUACAGUGAGUGAAGAGCUCAACACAUUGACUUAUAUCCACUCUGUAACAAGCUCCAGCUACGAUCAUGAUGGUACUUACAAAUGUCUGUCCAAGAACAGAGCUGCUUCUAAUAACGAACAAAACGAUGAGAAAUCCGAAAACAUCAUAGUGGUGAAAGAUGUUACAAGUUCGAUAUCAGAUCUUGGUAUAGUGAACAAAGGUUCACAGUUACAGAUCACUUGCUUUGCUGAAGGAAAUCGACGUCCUCAUGAAGUAGCUCUGAAGAAAAGUAAUCUAUCUGUGAUCACCUGGGCUUCUCCAGCCUCUGAUUGCACUGUUCUUCCGAAGUCGUACUACGAAUUUGUAUGUGUCUAUAAUAUGGGCAUUAUUGAUUAUUCCGAUGGUGGAAUAUAUAUGUGCGUGGGUAAAAAUAAAGCACUUGGAAACAAAGAAGUAAGCAGCAGUGUCAGUGCUACCGCAAAAAUAUCACAAUCUGUGCUAACAGUACUCAACCCGAACAGCGAAACGGAAUUGUCGUGGGGUAGUGAUCCACUAUCAAUCACUUGUUACAUCGAAGGUGGUCUUCAACCUCACAAAGCUACCCUUGAAAUUCCUGGUGGCACUACUAUAACUUGGACGCGUGAUUCUUCGAGUUCUACGAAUAAUUUUAAUUGCAAUGGUGAUCAUGAAGUAACAUGUGUUCAUGAAAUAACGUCUGACUCUUUCGACAAUACCGGGAAGUACAACUGUACGGGAUUCAACAUGCUCCCAGAGUCUUCAGCAGUGAAAGAAACGAAGGAGAGCGUGGAAGUAAUAGUUGUGAAAGAUGUUGAAGCAACACUUACUUCAAGUUCUACUUCUGAUGAAGUUGAUUUUGGAUCUGAGCUAACUCUGACUUGCAAAGUUGAAGGUGGAAGAACUCCAUUCUUCCUGUUGGUCGAAUUUGAUGAUGGUAGUAAUGUCGUUAAAACAAUAAUUAAAUAUGAGGACACGGAUCAAUCAAAUACGGAUCAAUCAAACAAGGUUACCCGUGAGAAGAAUUCCCUUGAAUAUGUUCAUACGAUUGGCAAAGUGGUAUAUGAGAACAAUGGCUCAUACAAGUGUACAGGGAAGAAUAAAGCUUUUAAGAACGAGGAAAAGACGAAUAAGAGUAUCAAAAAUGCUGUCGUUGUCAAAGACGUGGAAAUUGCACAGAUAAACGAUUUUGACACCGAUUUUGGAUCCUCCUUCACUUUUGACUUCACACUUAAUGGUGGUCGACCUCCACAUCUAGUAUCAUUGAAAAAAGGAAACCAAGUGAUUCUCGAUAUAAGCAUGUGUACUGGGACCAAUGAAAUGACAUGUUCUAGUACAAUUGGAGACAGUGAUGUGGAUUUUGAAUUUGAUGGAGCCUACACUGUGACUGCAGAAAACCGAGCAAAAAACGAUGCUUUGAAAACUACUACAUUAAACUUCACUGUAACAGUUUAUAAAGAAGUAACAUCUACUAUCAGCCCAAGUUUGGACAGUAAAAUCGCAUACAACGAAGACAUAACCAUCAAAUGUGAAGUUGUAGGUGGUCUGCCACCUCACCAAGUCGAUUUGAUUCUUCCGAAUCAAGACUCUAUGACAUGGACGAAAAAUGGGUCAGUGACCGAUCUUACAUGUUCUGGAGAACAUAUUGUAACAUGUAAAUAUACUUUGAUACCUGACUACGACUCAGACGGCGAAUAUAAGUGUAAGGGAUACAAUAAAGUCCGAAGUGUCAAAAAAGAGAUGGAGUCAUCAGCGGUAACAUUGAUUACUGUGAGAAAAACACAGGUGAAUGUCCCUGAAAAACCAAUAUCGGUUCUCACUAAUGGGGAGAUAAAAAUAGAUUGCAUCAUUGUGGGGAAGCCCUUGGUCGAUAAGUCCUCUGUUACCUGGACACAUAGUACAGAUUUGGAUUUGAGCGAAUUUGUGGAUACUGUAAAGGGAAAUCAAGAUGAUUUUACACUGAAUUCAACGCUAACCAUGAUAAACCCCUUAACAACGUACACUGGCACCUUUAACUGCAAUGUUGCAGAUGGGGAAAUAACUAUAUCAGGAUCUGUGGAAGUGUUUAUAGCUAACAAAGUAUACUUAGAAUCUCCAAUUGUAAGUCAUACUGGUGGGGAGUUCAGUGAAGAGGGUUCGCAGAUAACCGUCACUUGUCGCGUCGAAGGAUUUCCCGCUCCGUCAGCAAGUUUAACCUACGAGAAACAGGACGGUACACUGCCUACUAUUCAUAAUCCAGAAUCUACUGAUCCUAUAUCUACUACUUUAACGGAGUUUGUCUUCAAUGUCACAACCACGUGCGAUUAUGCAAAAUAUAAUUUCUCCUGUAACGCCCAAAAUAUGAUAUCUAGUCAAUCAUGUAAAUCAUCAACAUUGAUUAGUGGUCCUACCAUUACCGGAUGUGAAAACCACUCUGCCCCAUUUCUUGGAGUUUGGAUAGCAUCAGGUACUGCACUUAUUUUUUUCAUUCUACUUGUUGUGUUUGGGAUUUAUAUUCUGCGCUUACGAAAUCAGAAUAAUUCAUCUGCUGGAAAUGUGGUUUAUGUAAAUACUGGUGUUUCUAACCUGAAAGGAGGGGAGCUGAAGAUGGAAACGAGGGAAGCUGAAGUGAUUACCCCGUCUGGACACAACUAUGAUAAUGUUGUUCUCCAUGUUACCCCCGAAGAGGCUACUUAUGUCAACACAGUUGCUGGAACCUCGCCCACUACUGGUCACGUGUAUAAUGACGUUGUGAUACAAACUGUUGCUGCACCAGAUGAUACACCAUAUGAUUAUGCUCGAAAUGAAGACAUAAUAAGAAACAAUAUUAAAGAACCUACAAUUUAUCACAAUCAUGAGUUAAAGUGAACCAGCUUAAAAUGUGUGCUUUUUGAAGAAUAUGAAAGUGUAUAACAUAAUGCUUCUGAUAUUAUCCCACAUGGAAAGUCACUUCUGCGGUGCUGACUGAUGCUCUGUCAUUACCCUGGCGCUACAUUUAGUCUUCUCCACUGUAGUGACAGCGGGAUAGUGACAGAAGACUAUAACUUGAUUGUGCCCAUGAGUGCAACCACAUUCUGACUUAGGAGAGGAAAUAUAGGACUCAAAACAAGAAAGUCGGCUGUUAAAAACAUGUUUUUAACAAGCUUAUUUUCAAAGAUAUCAUAAUCGUUAUUAAUGUAUGGAUAUUGUUUUAUGGGAUGAUUAGAAGCCUUCCCAGUUCCCACAGCCACUGAUAUACAGCAACAACGCGAACACGGUUAGGACUUGGCUGAAUAUAUUCUUCAAUACUGGCUCGAUUGGGAGCCUUUAGCCAUACAUUUCCGUCUUCGAUUUUUUAAUCUAUUUAGACUAUCCGAUGUUAAGAAAGUUCAUAUUUUGAUUUUUUUAAACUGCUUAAUGUUAUAUUUCAGAUUUUCUUACAUAUUUG